AUGUUCUCAAGACAGGCGGGUGCUAAUAUCGACCACCUCAAAGUGAUUCGGGUCGGGAACAAAGAAGGAAUCGACAACCCUUUACAAGACACUUUUUUUUUUUUUUGCGCUAUCACGGAAGAUAAAGUGCAAUGUUAUUUGACUUUCCAAGUGAGAGUCCUCAAGCGACGGAUCGUAGGAGAAACAUCGUUGCAAACAGGAGAAGGACCCUCCAGCAAACAAAAGUCAAUUGCUCCUCAACUUGGGGGUCAGAGGAAAGGGAAGCCAAGACAAUGGGGCUUCCUGCUGAAGUAUCUGAGCCCCCCAAACACUUUUCUGCGAAAGAAGCUGCAAGUCUCGGCUUCUUUUCGUUCUUUUUUAAAGCAUGUGCCCCACAAGCUUCGUAGGGCAGGAGGUCGAGGAGGCAACUGCUUGCCUUUCUACGGAAGCCCAGGAAGCUCCCAUUUUCGAGCACACAGGCUGUCCUUAUUGCUUCAAGGGACAAGUUUCCCUGUCGGACAAGGGGGUCGCCUAAGCAAGCGCUCCCCUUCUGCCAUCACCACCCCUUGGCCUGGCAGCGGGGAGGUCAGCGGAGUGGAAAACCCAAGCUGGUGUUUAGAGGUUGGGCGAGAGACCGGGAGACGUCAUCAGCCGCAGGGCAGGGAUGUAGACCGGAGGGGAAGGGAGCCAUGCGCGGCAGGUGGAAGUGGAGAUCUCGAAGGGCUGGAACACAAAAACGCGCGCACACACAAGUGGACCUGCUCCGCUAGGAAGAUGCUGCCGCCCAGGGAUGCUGCUAAAGCGGCGCAAGGCAGCGUCUCGCUCCUGAGGCGAGCAGUUCCACUGUUUAUAGGCCUCUCCGACCCAGGAAAAAACCUUCCCGGAGGAGCCAGGAAUCCAAAAUCUAAGCGGGGGAACCAGUUCGAUGAGAUGUUCACCUACGCAAACCUCGCCGGGGCAAGUGGGGAGGAACCACUGGGCUUUUGCAAAGCUACCCCACCCAUUUGA